CCCGGAUCGUGGUGGUGCUUGCCGUCGCUGGUGAGUCCAUGAGACGUGUGUCACCCGGCCGUUCAGCGCAGAGCCCAUCCGGCCAUCCCGUUCGUACCUAACCGGCACCUUCUUCUGCGGAUCAAUCCGGCAAAGCCAGCGCGCGCGAUGCGCCGGCGGUGGGACAGCUGCUUCUCGGGCAGCGACGUCCGCGUGGGCGGGCGCGUCCCCCCCGAGGAGCCGGAGCCGGAGGUCUUCUCCUUCGCCGAGCCCCUCCCGUCGUGGCCCACAGGCGGGGGAUUCGCGCGGGGGAGGAUACGUAUCGGCGGAGGGGAGCUGGAGCUCGCCGCGGCCACCGCGUUCCAGAAGAUCUGCACCCUGUCGUCGCGGCGGCGUGGCGGCGGCGGCAGCGCCACCUUUUACCGGCCGGUCGGCGUCCCAGAGGGGUUCUCGCUCCUGGGUUACUACUGCCAGCCUAACUGCCGCCCGCUCCACGGCCACGUCCUCGUUGCCAGAGCGGGGGAGCGCCCGUCCGGCGCCUCACCUCAGCCGCCGCCGCCGCCGCUCUGCAAGCCGCUGGACUAUACGCUCAUCUGGGAAUUCCAAGCCAGUGGCGAUACCGGCUACGGCUACGGUCGAAGCGACGCCUACUUCUGGAUCCCCGUGCCGCCGGAGAGGUAUCGGGCGCUCGGGUGUCUCGUGACCACGGAACCACGGAGACCACCGCUCGAGGAGGUGGUAUGCGUCCGCGAGGACCUGACGGACGAGUGCGAGCCGCACGGCUCGCUGCUCUGCCUAGAGCAGCCGCGGCCGUCUUCGUUCUUCACCGUGCGGGGCGUUCGUCCGGUGCGCCGAGGGAUACGGGAGAAAGGAGUGUGCGUGGGCACCUUCUGCUGCGCCGCUGACGGGCUCCCCCCGCGCGAGCACGGCAUGGCGUGCCUGGGCAACGUCGAGCUCGACCUGUCGGCGAUGCCAACGCUGGAGCAGGCGCACGCGGUGAUCCGGCACUACGGCCCCACGCUGUUCUUCCACCCCAAGGAGGUCUACCUGCCGUCGUCCGUCUCUUGGUUCUUCAAGAACGGCGCCGCGUUGUACAGGCGAGGGGGAGACACCGCGGGCGAGGAGAUCGACGGCGAGGGGUCCAACCUCCCUGGUGGCGGUUGCAACGACGGGGAGUUCUGGAUCGACGUUCCCAGCGGCGAGCGGGGCCGCGCCGUGUGCCGCGGCAGCAUCGACAGCGCGGAGCUCUACGCGCACGUGAAGCCGGCCAUGGGCGGCACGUGCACCGACGUGGCCAUGUGGGUGUUCUGCCCGUUCAACGGCCCGGCGAGGCUCAAGCUGGGCCCGAUCAGCCUCCCGCUGGGCAAGACCGGGCGGCACGUCGGGGACUGGGAGCACUUCACGUUCCGCGUCAGCAACCUCACCGGUGAGCUCAUGGGCGUGUACUACUCGCAGCACAGCGGCGGGCACUGGGUGGACGCCUCCGCAUUGGAGUACAUCGACGGCAACCGGCCUGUGGUGUACUCGUCCAGGAACGGGCACGCGAGCUACGCGUACCCUGGCGUGUACCUGCAGGGCUCGGCGGCGCUCGGGGUCGGCAUCCGCAACGACGCCGCUCGGAGCAGCCUAUUCGUGGACUCCAGCGCCAGGUACCGCAUCGUUGCGGCGGGGUAUCUGGGCGAGGGCGCCGUCGUCGAGCCGCAGUGGCUGCAGUUCAUGCGGGAGUGGGGUCCGACGGUGGUGUACAAGUGGAGGAAGCGGAUGGAGUGGGUGAUCGGCCGCCUACCUCCCUGGCUCAGGUGCAGAGCGGAGAGCAUGCUGAACAAGAUGCCCAACGAGCUGUCCAGGGAAGAAGGGCCGACCGGGCCCAAGGAGAAGAACAACUGGGAGGGAGACGAGAGAUGGUAAGACUGGUACGUAGGAACAGUGCUCAACGAUGUGAUUUUAUAACAUGUGUGGCUUAAAUUAAGGGGCGUGCUAUAUUUAGGUGUUUGAAAAACAGCUUCUUCGCGGACCAUACACUAGUACAAUUUGGCUCUAUACCAGCGGUACGCUUUUUACAUCACAGACGGUUCGGUUAGAAAACCGCCUGUAAUGUCCCAGGCGGUUCAGUACGCCUGUGAUGUAAUAGUAUCACAAGCGGUUUUUGUUUAGGACCGUCUGUGGUGCUCUAUCCUUUUCACAAACGGACCCUAAGAAAAAA